AUGUCUGGAUAUCCUCCUCAACAAUAUGGUGGCCAUGACCAGUACGGACCACCUCAGCCCUAUGGUGCACCUCCACCUCAACAAGGUUACGGAUACCCUCCUCAACAACAGCCCAUGUACCAGCAAGCUCCACCACCACAACAAGCUCCUCCUGAAAAGGACCGUGGAUGUCUCUAUGGAUGGUGA